AUGACCCAGAAGGUGGUUCUCAUCACAGGCUGCUCCUCUGGGAUCGGCCUCGCCUUGGCUGUACGCAUCGCAAAGGACGAGAAGAAGAGGUUCAUGGUCUAUGCCACCAUGAGGAACCUGAAUAAGGGUGAUGCACUGGUCGAGGCGGCAGGUCGCACCCUGGGUAGGACUUUGGAGAUCAAACAGUUGGACGUAUGUGACGAGGACUCCAUCAAAGCCUGUGUGGACAGCCUGCCAGAGCGCAGGGUGGACAUUCUAAUAAGCAAUGCUGGGAUGGGUCUGAUUGGGCCUAUCGAGUGUCAGUCCAUCGAUGAGAUGAAGACCGUCAUGGACACCAACUUCUUUGGGCUUGUGCGCCUACUGAAGGAAAUCUUACCUGACAUGAAGAGGAGGAAAAAAGGCCACAUCGUGGCCAUAAGCAGCGUCAUGGGCAUUCAGGGGAUUUUAUUCAACGACGUCUACGCAGCAUCCAAGUUUGCAGUGGAAGGCUUUUGUGAAAGCUUAGCAGUGCAAGCCCUGAGAUUUAAUCUCAAUAUCAGCCUGAUAGAGCCAGGUCCAGUGAUAACAGAGUUUGAGCGUAAAGUCUUUGAGGAGGGCAUGAAGACUGAUCUCAGCAAUGCUGACAAAGUGACUGCUGAUAUGUUCACCAACAUCUACUUAAAGAACUACAAUCAAAUCUUUGAAACCCUUGGGCAGACUGCUGAAGAUGUAGCAGAGCAUACUUUCAAGAUCAUGACCAUGGAGAACCCCCCUUUCCGUCAUCAGACAAACACGCUUUACACCCCUAUGACCACGCUCAAAUAUGCUGACCCCGAAGGCGACCUCCAAAUUGACACGUUUUACAAAAUGGUGUUUGAACACGACAAGGUCUUCAACGCCAGUCUGAACUUCCUCAAACUUCUGCGCUGGAGAAGCCGCAAGAGCUUCACUUUGGAAAAGGACAAGAGCAACUAG